CACGCUUCUUCUCUUAAGUCCGAAUUCUUCUCGACCGAUCUCUCCCCCUUGAGAUCUACUGCGUUUCUCUGCUCCCUGGGGAACUCAGACUUCAAUCCCUCGGCUUCUUUCCUCAGCUGUCUGUGCUGGGUCACAGCACCACCGCCGGCAACUAAACGGCUGCAGGACUCAUCUGAACUUCCGUCAGUGCUAAUGCUCUCUUUAGUUAUAAAUUCAUACGCACGUCUCCACAGAUCAAUACAUACGUGUUGUGUAUAUAGACAGAAGGAUAGGAAAUAUCGAAAAGAACAGUGAAAUUAGGGCUAGUGAACUGUGAUGAAGCUGUUAAGAUUUGCGUUUGCUAUAGCUUUAGCUUCUGGAUUGGCGGCUAUUCUUAUCUACUUCAAUGGCCUUAUCUACAUCAAUGGCGUCUCCUUCCAAAAUGCUGCAAUUCAUCUGUCGGACAAGGAUGUGGAGGCUUUACGCAAUUUGCGAACUACAUUCCAGAAAUGUGUGAGUGCUAAUGGAUUAGGAUUAGAAGCUCUCAGUGGCAGGGGUUACUGUGAUGUUACACUAAGAUUUCCUAGUGACACUCUUCCCAAAUGGAAAGAUCCAAAAACAGGGGAACUUGAAGGCUUGUCAUUUGAGUUUAAUUUAUGUGAAGCUGUGGCUACAUGGGAACAGGUUAGGAACAGCAGCACAAUACUUACGAGAGAGUUCAUUGAUGCUUUACCGAAUGGAUGGAAGGAGUAUGCCUGGCGGAGGAUCAACAAAGGAAUUCUUUUAAAUCAAUGUGCAAAUAGAACACUCUGUGGGGAGAAACUUUCUUUGGUGCUUCCUGAAAGACCGCCCUAUUUGCCAAGGCAGUUUGGCAGCUGUGCUGUCAUUGGUAAUUCUGGAGAUCUAUUGAAGACCAAAUUUGGCAAGGAAAUCGAUGGUUAUGAUGCUGUUGUCAGGGAGAAUGGAGCCCCAAUCCAGAACUUUACAGAAUAUGUGGGUACAAAAAGUACAUUUCGUCUUCUGAAUAGAGGAUCUGCCAAAGCCCUUGAUAAAGUCGCAGAAUUAUAUGAGAGAGGAAAGGAGGUUCUCAUAAUCAAAACAACGAUACAUGACAUCAUGAACAAAAUGAUUCGGGAAGUUCCAAUUCUCAACCCAAUAUAUCUCAUGUUGGGUGCAUCCUUUGGUUCAGCAGCAAAAGGUACAGGGCUGAAGGCACUCGAAUUUGCACUCUCCAUCUGUGAUAGUGUAGACAUGUAUGGUUUUACUGUUGAUCCUGGCUAUAAAGAGUGGACGCGAUAUUUCUCCGAGUCUCGACAAGGUCAUACUCCUCUCCAGGGCAGGGCUUAUUACCAAAUGAUGGAAUGUCUGGGACUUAUCAGAAUUCAUUCACCAAUGCGUGCCGAUCCUAAUCGUGCUGUGAAGUGGGUACCAGACCGUAGAUUAAUACUUGCUGCCAGAAUUGCAUCAGAGAAACUAUUGAGGAGGGUUGGGGCAGGAUCUGGAGAUCCACUCUCUGGGUGUUCCAUUAUCAAGAAGCAAUCAUCAAGAAAGGCUACAAGGGAUUUGAGCAUAAGAAGUGCAGUAAUUGAGCAUCAAAAAUAUGCAAAAGCUACCACUAUGUAUCCUUUGGAACAUAAUCCAGGACAUGGUCUGCUUUGCACAGUUCCAAGAGAUUGAGUUCAUUGGUUGACUUCUGCGUAUCAGGCUUUGACAACGCUGCAUGAGAUUUGGAUGGUCGGGAAAAUGAACUACCUGUUCUUUUACAGGCUGCAGAAGUGAAACUGCCAUGUUCACUUAUUUUUCAUGGCACUCUCCCACUACCGCUAGUUGAUAAUGCAGAUCAUUUUGGUCAGUGAAAUGCAGAUUGUUUUGCUGUGGAGAGAAUUUCGAUGAUUAGAGGGAAGGAUAUGAUGAACGUUGGUGGCUACUGCUUCAGUUUUGGCGCUUGAUUUCUGUUGCACUGGUUGUUACAGGUUUGAUACUUGUACCCUUAUUCGUCCAUUGUUUCCUUAGCAUAGCCGGUUCAUUGCAACUAAUACGAACAGCCUGACGUGUAAAACUCACACUUACGCCUGACAUGUAAAACUCACACUUACGGAUGUCACAGUACUAUCUUAAAUGUACACUGCCCUUAGUUCCCGAUGUGGAUUUUUAUUUUGUUGGAUUGGUCAAAGGUUGAAUGUUUAAUUACUGCCUUGGGAUUUUAGUUU